AUGGUGUCUAUUGAAGAACGAAUGGGACCCCGGUGGUCAAAAAAGGAACUUCAAAUCUUCUUCUCUGGUCUAUACCCUUUACAUUUAAAUAAAUUUUAGCACCUUAACACCCUAAAAACCCUAUACUCCAGUAAAACUCAAUAAAUCAUUCAAUCAUCCCAGGCAUAUCGAAAUACGGAACCGACUUUAAAAGCCUUUCCAAACACUUCGCCGAACAAGUUCAGGCUCAGUCAACAGACAAUCUUCCAUCAGUCAGCAUCCACAGAACUUCUGAUAUGAUUGAAGCUUUGUAUAUGAAAAAUAAAACAUACCUCAAUUUAUCGUCUGCAAAUCCUAAUGAUUUCGCAGCAAUCAUAGAGGACACUUACAAUUGCUACGAGGAGCGCAAACAAAUUGAAGACUCCAAACAGCAAAAUGCAUUUGACGAAGAUUUUAGGCUUAUAUGUUAUACCCCCGCCAAAGAGUCUCCAGUGUCUCCUAGAUAUGAUGAAGAAGAUAUAUAGAAGUUUCCUAUGUUUGGCGCUGUAAUGCCGAUAAAUUCUGAUCGGAAUUUAUCGGUUGGUUGCACCAAAUCAAUGCCUUGGUCGGACCAAAAAGCGAUUUGGUCCGACGAACUUGGAAAGCUCCUGGGAAAAUGUCUGCGCUUUCAGCGCUAUAUAGAGGAAACCUCUAUACCUCCUUAUAAAGGCUGGCUAUUAUUUUUUUUUAAUAAUAAAUUAAUUUUUCAGCUCAUAAAACUAUAUUAAUAGGUAUAUAAGACGUAAAAAGCUUAAAGCAUACGAGAAAACACCUUCAAGUGCAAGGAAAACUCCUAAUAAAAAACCUGAAGGAGGUGAAAUCCUUUCUAUGCCAGUUGACUCAAGUUUUUCUCACAAUGUAAGAUUCAAGGAUACCAACUACUCACGAAGGAGCUUCCCAGAGUUUGUUUACUCUCCAAGUAUAUAUUUAAAUGAUUACGCGCAGCAAACAGGAAAUUUCUAUGAUAUUUCACCUAAGUUUUUGAACUGGUGCAAAUUUGAGUGGUUUUAUUCAUAUGUUGAUUAAUAAUUUUACAAAAAAAUAUAUAUUCAUUUAAUAUAAAAUUUUAAAAAUUAGCCAGACCCAUGUUGAUAGAGGAUUUUUUUCUCAUAAUGAAUUUGACGAAGCUUCAAAAACCCUGAAUUUAGGGGAAACUAUGAGUAUGUACGAAAGCAGAAUAAUCAAGUCAGCCUUAGGUAAACCAAGAAGAUUUUCUCCAAAUUUCAUCUCCCAAGAGCGGCAAAAAUUACAAAAAUACAGAGAAGCAAUAAAAGUCCUCCAGCAAGGCAAAGUCCUCCCUACAAGCUAUCAUGAUAUGUUAGUCUAUAUAAAGCUCAACCCCGGAAAUGUAAGUUCAAGGCUUAUGGUCGGCCAAAAAGUCCUCGCAAUCCACCCAGGUACCGGGGAUUUACGAAGUGGCAGCAUUUUAACUUUAGACUCUAGCAGAUAUCAUAUACAAUUUGAUAAGCCUGAACUUGGUGUCAGCUUAGUCUCUGACAUCCAGCUAGUCCCUCUUUUUACAGGUGAAGAAAACCGAGACAGGCUUUUUUCUCAUGACGCCCCUCAAGCUUCAUUUAUAUGCAGACCUUUACAAGAGCGCGAAGUCUUGUCGCCUCAUUUAUUCACUGAAAGAUUUAAAGCAGGGGUCAAUAUCUAUGCAAUGGCGUUUUUAUUGAAAUUAUUAGAAAGAAAAGAAGCACUUAUUGAGCUAUUGAAGCAGUAUAAUUAUGAAUGUGUGAAUAGAAAGAGGGAAACCCCAGAUUGGAAGCCAGAUUCUGAUUUUCAGCAGCAAUAUGCAUGGAUUGUAAGAAUUAUGUAGUGUGUAAGCAUACAGGCAAUCAAUACAAGUAUAUCAAAAGUAUUGGAAAUUUUUAGACUCAGGUCAACACCACCAGUAGCGAUACAUACAAUGCCAUUUCAGCCUGUGACGCUGCCGCAUAGGCCUGAUGCUGAUUGUAAGGCAGAACAGCUAAAAGUGGCAGCUUAUGCACUUGUGGGGGAGCAUACUGAUGAAUUGAGGCAAAAGAAUUUUUCUGAGCCGGAAUUUCAAAAAAUGCAGGAGUCGCUUAAAAACGGGGUAGUUUUAUUAAGCUCAUUGGAUUUAUUAGGAAAAGAAAAAGACGACAUGCUUGUUAAAUGUGUUGAAGAAAGCUUAUCGUCGUUGUCACCUGCAUGUGAAAGUAACAGGGAAAAGUAUCAUGAACUUUGUAAGCUUGUUGCAGAGAUUAAAGGAAGUCUUAGCAUUUAA